UUAAAGCUGAUUCGUCCGGCAGUGCGUCUAUAAAAAUGGUUUGAUGAUAAGCAGCUACAGAUCUGAGUAACUAUUGCGCAGACUAUCUUCUUAACAUCGGCCGCCGUUCAACUGUGCAAAUUAUUUGCUUAAAAUCAACUGCUGAUUUUUCGCCAUGAAUGAUUUGAUCUCCGGAUAAGCGUUAGACGCAUUUAUAAUCUUGUGAUAUUGUUCUCUCAACGCAUUUGUUUAUUGUGUUUUCAGCAGCCUGCGUUGCAAGAUGAGCUCACCGUCGUCGCCAGACGACUCUCCCUCACGGGACAGCGAUAUCGAGGUCCCACCAGACAACUGUUUCCGACUCGUUGUUCUCGGAUCGCCGAAAGUCGGCAAAACAGCAAUAGUCAGUCGAUUUCUGACCGGACAUUUUGACGAUCAGUACACACCUACUAUUGAAGAUUUUCAUCGGAAAAUCUAUAAGAUCAAAGGACAGGUGUAUCGACUCGACAUCAUAGACACAUCUGGCAAUAACCCAUUCCCCGCAAUGUGCAAGUUGUCUAUCCUUACAGGGGAUAUCUUUAUCAUUGUGUAUAGUAUCGAUAAUAAAAAUACGUUCCAAGAAGCGAUACGUCUAAAAGACCAAAUCAUCGAAACCAAAGUAUUUAAUGGUGGUGCCAAGAGUGUUCCAAUGGUAGUGGCAGCGAAUAAGUGUGAUAAAGAUAGCGGUAGGGUUGUUAGUUCAGAGGAGGCUGCAAAAUGCUUUGAGGCAAACAACAAACGAUGUUCUUUUGUUGAAACAUCAGCAAAAAAGUCGGUAAACAUUGACACGUUAUUUAGAUUACUAUUUGAAAAUGCCAAACUGCCAAGCGAAAUGAGCCCAUCUUUGCAUCGGAAGAUGAGCGCCAGCAAUACACCCACUCUCAAGCCUAAGGAUAAUCACCGACUAACUUUUCGGAGAAGGCUAAGCGAGGCCUGUGGAAUUGUUUCACCCAAUGCUCGGCGACCGAGUGUGCGCAGCGACCUUUUACAGAUGCGUCUUAAGUUAAGCCAAAGAAGUCUUGUCAAUGACGAUGGUGAAUCUUCGAUUUCAACAGGACGAAAAAUCAAAAGAGUUGUUUGUUGCAUCCAGUAAACUCAAAACAUUCCCUGUGGAAAUGUUACAUUAAAAGGAAGUUGGUAUCUAAUCGUUUCACGCUGCUCAUAACAUGUACAUAAGUAAAUUCAGUAUUUGAAAACUUGUAAUAAAAACAAACAGUAGACCGAAUACGCUAUUAUAUGUGUGAAAUAACCGUGAAUCGAUAAAUCGGAAACAAUUUACAAAACCCUUCGAAAAUAAAGUUGAAGUAUUACCUAAAUUGGUUUGGUUAACGACUCGUUUUCGAGUUCAAGAUAAGAAGCAAUCUGCCAAGUUGUAGCUAUAGAUUGAGCUACUUUCACACGCACGGAGUUCAUCUAUCUGUACUUUCAUCGGCCUAAUUCCCAUUUAUACGUUUAAAUAGUAUUUACAAAAGACUGAUACCACUGAAUAGUGUGGGUUAAAAUUACAUUAAAUGGAAAACGGAAAGAAAUAUUAUUGCUUAUGAAAAGAAAACAAAUUUAUUUUUAAUUUAAUUUUUGCGAGAUGAUAAAGAUUGUGAAAGAACGCAUACAGUGAUUUUCAAAGUUUAUGGAAUACAAGCACAACAUUGUUGAUGAAACUGUCUGGAGUAUAGUAAACCAAAAGUAUGGUGAAACAAGGCCUGAAAAAACCCUUUCAAACACGGAGGCAAUGGAAGAAACAUAAUGACAAUGCUGCAUGGAAUCCAGAGGUGAACUCUGGGAGGCAAAAACUCUGUCACAAAGUUUGAAUUUACCUGCCAAGGUUUUUGAUGUUGUAAACCUACUGAGCAGUUUACUAAUUUUGCAUCUGAAUUGAAAAAAUGUACGGAACGCCGGCAUGACAUUGCUCUAUAAUUGUUUUUUAUAGAGUUCUUGUUAAUGUCAAUUAAGCUUUACUUAUGGCCUCUCAUAAUGUUUAUGCUGGAUGGGAUGACUUUUAAUUGUCUGUUGCUCAUUUUUUCUUCAAGUGGAUUGUUAAUUUAUUUUCAUUGCACUUUCUGUAGUUCCCGUUAAUAACUUUUAGCCGGUUUUCAUAUCUUUAAAUAUGUUUAAUAUGUUUAAUGUUAGCUCGGGAGGCACCCAUAUAAUGUGUUGAGCUGGCAGCUCAUGCCUUUUUAGUAACUAACCGCUUUUAUUGUUAUUGUAUAUUUUUAUAACUGUGUUAUAUAAAUUAAUAAUUUUCAAAAUAUCAAAUCAAAUUUGACAUAGUCACGUUAGUAAAUUUCAAAUCAAAUCAAGUCAAAUUCGACAUAAUCGUAUUCAUGAAUUCACCGCGUAUAGCCAGCAUCUACUAAGCGCGGGAAAAGGAGGUGGGGGGGGGGUCUUGCCAUGGGUCCAGAGGCCUCGAAGCUUGGGUGUUUAAA